GACUGAAUUAGGAAAUUUACACACUUUGACAAAGGAAAAUAAACGGUAAUGGAGCGCUCAAGGCAUGAUAGACCGCUUUUUCAUCUCAUCUGUUUCUUUUGUUGCCUUGCAGUACUGGAAUCUUUAAUAUGAUCUCGCUAUAUAUAUCAGCCUCAUAAGCUCAUAGUUACUAUUAAAUAUUUUAUCAAAUCCUGUAAUUAUUGUUUUAAAGCACGGAAGAUUUCAGAAUUAUUUAGAGUGCUUUCUUGUAUCUUCCAUUUCCAGAACCCUUUCUUAGCACCAAGCAUUUUUUUUGACUUCGCCAGCAUGCAGAGAUAUAUUUGUAUUUGUACGUAUAUGUAUCCAUUUAUAGUUGUUCAAGUACUUUAGUGUAAGGCGAUCAAAUGCUAAUUGCAUUAUUAUACAAAUAAAAAAGGACUCUCUGUUAUACAUCUCUUCGUCUAGCAUGAAAGGCAAAAUGCUAUUUUCAUCACCUCUCGAUGACAUAUGGGUUGACAAAAUGUAUUUUAUGCACUUUCACCCUCAUGAUGAUGAUGAUUAGUAUUAUUACUAUUAAUUCGACAUGAAUCAAAAACGGAAAUUAUGUAUGAUUUAUCAAUUUUCAUAAGCAUGUGAGGGCAUACAAUGCAUUUUAUCUUUUAAUGGUAAUAAGAGAGGAACAUAUAUAAUAUUUUGGUUUGGUGAUUUUAUAUUGUGAGACAUCAAUUAGGUUGAGCUUUUAUGUUGUGUCCCUAAUGGGGGCAAUAUUGUGACAUUUAGUGGGAAAACAGACAAUAUUUUUUUAUAUUGAAAAUAAACAAAGUUCACGGUAAUAUUCUUUCAUUUUUUGGUCACUCUUCACAGUUACAAUUUUCAUAUAUAUAUAUAUAUACAUGUAUGUAUGUAUGUAUGUAUGUAUGUAUGUGGAAUGAAUAUAUUUGUAUAUUUCAAAAAUUAUUAAGUAUUUUGUCCCAAACAGAAUGAAUUUAUAUAUUACCUCUGACUGCAACCUUCAUUUUAAGGAUAUAAUUUGUCUCUACCACAUUUUCUUUGUUAGCAACUUUCUUUUAGACAUCUACUUAACUUUGAGUAACUAAUACAUCAGUCUUCUCACACGCUAUUACUUAACCUCCAAGAAACCUCCGUUUCAGCAUCUUAUUACCAUAACUUCUGCUUUUGAUAUUUUUUAAUAUUCCCGCUGUGCUCUUGAAUUUCACUCUAUGGUAUACUGGAGUUCUUUGUUCGUGCUUUAUGGCAUAUUUAUACAGCUGCUUCACUAUCGCAAGCUGCCUGUCGGCGUUAUGCGUCUGUGGUUUUCGCUGAACAUAGUGUUGCAAGUUAUUUUAUCCUGGGUGGCGUGUCACAUCAUUACAUUUCUGUCAAAGACUCUUAACCUUUAUGGUUUGAGCACCUCAGAAAGUUUAUCCCGUUCAGCAUGUUCCAUAAUCUUCAAAUACGUUAUGCCCUUUUAUAAUUCACACAUUCAUGUAGAGUACAUGAGUGGAUCCCUCCAUUGGGGGGAUAUUAGAAAUCAGCACUGUAUGUGUUUAACGCAUGCAAGCUUUUUUGAUGCAGUUUUAUUCCUUUUGUCGGCUCCAACUAACUAUAUUUCACAUUCAAAAACAUUUAACAAGGCUACUCUUUGGAGUCUCCCGCUCUUUGGAUACGUUAUUAAAGCUUGUGGCCACUUUCCAGUCUAUUUUGUUGAUGAGAGUAAUUCGUCUUUUAAAGUGGAUAAGCAAAAACAGGUUGAGGUGGGUGCUCGUGUGGAGAAGUUCCUGGGUGAAGGUGGCUACUUAGUUUUCUUCCCUGAGGGUGCCCUCAAUCGAACACCAGAGGUACUUAAAGAGCUCCGUUUAGGCAGUUUCAACACUAUUAUUACCCACAAAUUGCCCCUUUACUACGCUGUUUCAUAUGGCAAUCAUGAGGUAUGGCCUGCUAAUUUGAAGGGUGCACCUGGGUACCCUGCCGACAUCUAUGUCUACUUAGGUAAAUUUGAGUACAAUGUGAAUGCGGUGGAUGCACGCUCUUUGUCAACCGCACUGCAGGAGGAGAUGCAAAAGCAUUUAAAUAAUAUGCUAGCCUUACGAAAGAAACGUGGCUAUAAGCCCUGGAAUGGCACUGCUUCUCUUAAUUAA